CAGCCUUCAUGGCGUUGAUGGCUCUAUUUUUUCUUUACCUCAGCAACAAGCUGUCAGUGGAGAGUCCUGACAAUCUGACGCACAUCAGAAGCUAUAAAAACAACCAGCCAGUGCCUCCAAUGAGCUAAUCUAGUGGUGACGGGGUCCCCAGCUGAGAGAUGGCCUUCUUCAAGAGCUUCCAGCAGAAUCUCCCAUCUGUCAACAUUACCUCCAUCUUGGACACGGUCACCAGCCGUGUGGACGACCUGGCCACUGCUGUCAGCGAUGUCACAUACGCUGUUAGCGACCAACUGACAGAGCAGGUCACCACCAUCAUCAACAAGGUGCAAGAAGAGGAGGAUGGAGAGAACAACAGCAGCAGCCAGGAGGCGGGGCAGGCGUCAGUCGCACAGGAAGGCAAAGCCAGCAGUAAAAGCAUGUGGCAAAUGUCCAGAGACACAGAAACUGGCAACUCAGCCUCAAAGAGCAACCAGGCCAGUGAUAGUACAGAGGCAGAGAACACGGCAAGCCAGCUGGAGUGGGAAUGGAGGGACGGAUGCUGGAGAGUUAAAAAGACAGAAGCUGAGCUGGCAGAGGAGGAGCAGAAAAAGAAAGAGGAGAGGGAAAUACAGGAGAAGAAAGAGCAGAGGAGGAAAGAAAAGAGGGAGAAGCAGCUGGAGAAAGAGGCCAAGUUGCAGAAAAACAAAGAGGAAUGCCAAGACAGAGAGCAAGAGGAGGACACUGGACAAAAAAGAAAGGAAAGGGACGAUGGAGAUCUGUCGACUGCUCAUCAAGUAGGCGAUGAGUGCAGUGACCCCCCUCCAUCACAAGAGAGCAAGCUAAGAGAGGAGGGAGAAGAAGAAAAAGAGGAAGAGAAGGAGGGCAGCCUUGAGAGAGAGGGUGACGAUGAGGAGGAGGGUGAGCUCUCCAAACCUCCCACAACAGGGAAGAAGAAAAAGUCUGACAAGAAGAAGGGUAAAGGAGCAAAGAGGAGUUCUAAGAAAUCUCAGGACAGCUCAGAGGGGGAGAUAAAGGAGAAAGGGAAGAAAGACAAAAAGAAGAAGAAAGGGAAAAAAGAGGGAGUUGUAUCAGACAGCGAGGAGGACAAAGACAAAGGGCCGGAGGAGACGACCCAGCAGAACUCUACGGCGUCUGCGUGGAGCAACAAACGUAAACAAUCUGCUGAGCAGGCCGGCUACAGCAGCGAGGCCUCCAGUGAGCGAGCAACCAACAUUCAGAGAAUAAAGAAGGACUCCUCCCUCAGUGAGCACCAGCCUCCUCCCUAUCAGGAUGACCGCCUGGCCUCACGCGUGUCCUCUCGGUCCCGCUCUGAGCGGGGGGUCAGGAGGAGCUCGUCCCCGCAGCCCUGCGACAGCCCCCGCGGCUCCAGUGAGGCAAGUGUGGACCAGGAUUCUGAGAGCUACCUCAACAAAGGCUGCGAGGAGGACAUACCCAGUGACAGCACUGCUGUGCUGGGACUAGAGGAUGGCUCUGGUCCUCAGCUCCCUACAGCCUAUGAGCCCGAGGUCCUUGGGAAGUACGGCACACUGGAUGUCGCCUUCGAGUACGACUCCAGCGAGCAGUGGUUGGCUGUCACCGUCACUGCGGCAACAGACAUACCUGAACUCAAACAGACGGGUAACAUCGCGUGGCAAGUCCACCUGGUCUUGCUGCCCACAAAGAAGCAGCGGGCCAAGACCGGCGUGCAGAAGGGGCCGUGUCCUGUUUUCACUGAAACAUUCAAGUUCUCUAGGGUUGAACAGGAGGCCCUCGGGGACUACGCUGUUCGAUUCCGCCUAUACAGCAUCCGAAGGAUGAAAAAGGAGAAGGUCCUGGGGGAGAAAGUGUUCUACCUGACUAAGCUGAACCUGCAGGGCAAAAUCGCUCUUCCUGUCACCUUGGAGCCAGGCUCUGAACUUACAGGUUGUGGCUCUAUGGUGAGUGUGUCUCGCAGCACAGGAGCUGUGUCCUACCGCUCGACAGAGGACUCCUCAUUGCCAGAGAUCCUCCUCGGUCUCAUUUACAACUCUGCCACAGGACAGUUAUCUGCUGAGGUCAUCCAGGGAAGCCACUUCAAAUCCACAGCGUCGGAUAAACCCGUCAAUGGUCUGUUCUGUUGUGUGAAACACUUUGUAGGGGGACAGCUUUAUAUCAUGAGAGACACCUAUGUGAAACUGACUAUGCUGGACUCAAAAGGGAAGGAGAUGUCCAAGUGCAAGACAGCUGUGUGCAGGGGCCAGCCCAACCCCACCUACAAGGAGACGUUUGUGUUCCAGGUGGCACUUUUCCAGCUGUCCGAGGUGUCGCUGGUAGUGACGGUGUUCUGCCGCCGGAGCAGCAUGAGGCCCAGGGAGAGGCUGGGCUGGGUCUCCCUGGGCCUCAACAGCACCAGCGAGGAGCAGCAGGGCCACUGGACAGAAAUGAAGGAGGCAGAGGGACAGCAGGUCUGCCACUGGCACACACUGACUGACACAUAGGAGGACGGGUGACGGAAACCGAACUUACAUUCCCAAGCAGAGGCAGAGUUUAAGGGGAGCAGGAAGCACCUUUUCAGAUGUGUGUGUCUGUGUGUGCGUUUGUGUGCUGCAGACAGGUGUGAGGACAGGCGUGGGUACCCAGUCUUCACUGCCAGAAACCGUGUGACUACCCUUUAAUCUGCCACUUUUCUCUGAGGUAGACGGACUGAUUUUAUUGGAGGAGGUGUGAGCUCCAGCGUCUGCCUUUUUUACUGACAGUCAAAUGCAGACUGAAAACUAACACAACUAUAAUCACUGAACUAACUGAGAUCAGAAGGAAAGUAUUUGUCUUCCAGUAAAUCUGCCCUAGAGCAAAAUCUGCAUGUUACACUAACCGUUUACAGGACAAUUUAGAGACUCUUUUAAACGUCUUCUGUCUCGGAAUCUUGGACCAAAGAGCUCGGUCCAGGACCAGCAGACUCCUCCCUGUUUCUUCUGGGCUUCUCUGGACUUCGGCUACCACCAGCAUACCAGACAUUUCUCUAUCAGUCACAGCCAUUGACAAAGGAGGAGGCAAUGAAAAGACUGUUACAAAGGGCCUAAAACAUGCUGCAGCUAUGCUUACAAGCUAUGCUUUGUACAGUUUGUUUACAUGCACAUGACAUUAUGCAAGAUCUCUUCA